UCUUGCCCUGCAUUGCCUGCAGCCGGUGCUCCAUCUCCAGCCUGUUAUCCAGGCCUGCACCUGCGGCAUUUGCAGCCAUACCUACGGUACAGUCUGCCCCGGUCAGCUUGCCAACACAUCCAACAACCACAACCACCAUCACAACACGACACACGACAUAUCCACAGCCUCCAACCCGCGCUCUCGUCUUAUUCCGAUAGUGCCGCUUCGACAUCUGCUUACUCUAUCUGUAUCGCGCACGGCAUACGUACACACCAAAUAGCAUCCAAGUCCACCGCGCCCCUCUGCAUCGCCAUGCUCCUCCAGCGUCGAUACUCCGUCACUGGACAGACCCCUCCCAACGACGUCGGACCCAUCAAGUCACAGCCUUCUCCCAAACUUCAGGCUUUGGAUACGAACGUGCAGACAGGUACCUGCGGACUCUGUGGAUCGGGGAGUAAGGUUGAAGACGAUGGUAAGCCGCAAGCCGCUGCAUCAGCUUUGGACUCCGUACUGGUGUAUGGCGAACAAGCACACAAAUGGAGAACGACACCCCCGAUUGAAGGAGCAGCCGCCGAAGAGUCAUAUUUCGAGGGACAUAACUGCCCAAAAACGUCUCACCAGUGUACAGGCCGCACUUCGUCCAAGCGCUCCGCGACACAGUUGCCGUCUCCCAACACGCCUUUCAAUCAAGCACUUCCCACAAAGAUCGCUCGCUUGGGUCUCAAUUACACGGAUAUGAAUAUAGAUGUCGACGAAGACUGCAUGACCGAUCCUUUUCCAGAGGAGAGCGACUGGGCUCUUUCGUCUGUCGAUCGCUUCUGUUCGGCAUCACCUUCUCUGGCCGUGUCACCAAUUUCGCCGCCAUCAAGCGUGUCUGAUGAGCUGGCCAUGGAGCCGCUGCGUCUCACAAUCCCUAGCGAUGUUGCUUCGGAGGACUUUGCUCUAUCACCCCCAGUAGCGCAAUCGUUCAAACCAGAACCGCCCGCAAUAUUGGAUCACCAUGUUCAUGUGACUCUGCUCACUCUACCUGCCGAAAUACGCCAUGAUGUCUACCUCCGCUUGCCCGGCCUCGUCGUUUCUCACCCCCUCAUCUACUGUCUUUCUACGUACGCGAACAACCUCCAACACCCUCUCGCUGCCGUCAAUCGUCUUCUACGCUCCGAAGUCCUUGCUGUGUUCUACAGCUACAAUACUUGGAUUAUCAAGCUUGAGUACAAGAUGAUGUACGAAGCUUUCCAGGACUGGAUCAUCCGCGUUGGCGAUGGCGCUGCAUCUCUACGCCUCGUGACAGUCGCUCUCCGUGGCCGACUCUUCAAGCCUAGCACCUCCCAUGUACCGAGCGCCAUCGGAAUGAAUGGUCAGUUCCUCAACGGCGGCCAUCCUUUGCCACAGCCAUUCCAAGGCCAGGUUGUCAUGUCCAACGCUACCCCGAUUCUGCAGGUCGAAGAGUACAGCCCGCCAGAUGGCGACGCCAGCUUCCGCAUCGACUUGAGCGAAAAAUUCCCCGGCGGCCGCGUUGAACUGGUCCGGUGCGACGGUACCAAAGAGGCGGGAGAAGAAGCCCGCGUCUAUUUAGCCAAGAUGGUGGCUAGGCUUUGGGAAAAAAGAAGCAUGGGCACGCUUAACGGUCAGGAUUGGAUCAACAUGGUGGACGAUUUCCUGGCGUUUGUAGGUUGGUUUUAA